AUGGAUGUUUCACAUGGGAGCCUGCGCCGGCAGGCUUUCUCCAGACUCGCGAUCUUGUCAGCUCAACGGUCGCACACGAGCGAAGCAGAUUUUCGACGUUUGACAUCGUCUAUUACUCCGGCCAAGUCACAAAGAAACGGCGUGCUCGAUGGCGUUCUUCGAGCCAUUACCCCUACGUCUCGGACGCGGAUGACCCAUCGGGAGCUUGAUAUCUUGCUCGCCCUCUGCGCAAGUGCCCAGGAACUACAUGACCUCUCUCGUGCCGAACGGCUCGCCGACCAAUUGUCCGCCUACCUUCCCGAAGCACAUUCGCAACUGUUCAUCCCGUCCCCUUUCAUCCACGAGAUCAGGCCCGCGCCAUGGACGGCGCUCACGUUUCAACUGACGAAAGCCCUGCUCCUGCUUGGACUCCGCUUCCCUACGCUCAAGGAGGGUAUUGCGUACAGCAUCAAGUCAUACCUACAAAACUGGACACAGUCCGCGGCAGCAGUCGCGUCCGUCGGACUUGGAGACCAGGACGAAGAUAAUGAGAAGGAAGCCCAGGAAACCGCUGCGAUCGUCGUGUCCUUGAUGGGGUUCUUAGACGCCGCGGCCUCACAUGAGAAUUUCUGGUCGUCCUACGAACGGGUGGAGUUGAUCAGGACUUUGAAGAACGCUCUUUCGGGGGAUUUCCUGGUCGCGGUCGAGACAGCUUCGUCCGCCAUUCGACACUCCGCAUCUUCCGAGCCCGGCAGCAGGGAAUGGAAGAGUUAUCUCAGACGGUUUGCCGCGCAGGGGAUUCCUGUUGGGGCAAUGAUGUUGCAGAAGGGGUUCAUGAAAUUGGUUCUUGCGUGUACAGCCCGGAUGAUCUGUGACGAACGCACCGUGCAAUGUGGGGAUCUUCUCGAUCAGUACAUCGCUGGAACACACAUGAAAAGCGCCCGUGAGGAAAACGUGACCGAGGAUAUGGUCGAGUAUCUGGUCAACAUCAUCACUGAUCAGAUAAGUACGCUGGAGGAUGGGUCGGAUUAUCUGCAACUGAGUUCCGCCUGGCAACAGCGGCUCGCGUUUUCCGUCAAGGCCUACGCACUGGAAGCUUUCCUCCAUUGCAUGGUGUUGGAUGACGACCUCGCGGACCCGGAAGACCUUUUUGGGUGGCUGGAAGAUGCCAUCACCAAUCAAGUGCAAAUGGCCGAUGUUGAGUUAGCAGACGUGGUAUUGAAGAGUCUGGCGGUCGUGGCUCAACAUAUGCCCGAGGCCGUAUCCAAUUUUGCUCGCAUUUUAUUGAGGUUUAUCGUCCAGGGUACCUCCAGCCCAUCGGCAGUGACAAUGGCGGCACACAGCCUGUCGCAUAUCUUAAGGAUGCUCUCUCAGGAUGCUGUGAUUACGACCAUUUACUCACUCGGCAAUGUCCUCAGCUCUCAGACGGGGGCGGAAAAGGUGCAUCACCCAUUUGGUCUUUCGGAUAUCAAUGGCCAUCAUGGGUCUCUGUCAUCCACGGCCAAGUUGCGCACGGGGAGCGUCAUUUCACUUUCUUUGAGCGGCGAAGAAGAGACCUCGCUCGUGUGCGGUAAUGUCGCACAUGCUAUCGUGGUCAUAGCCACGGAUAGCAAGGACAGCAAGAUCAUGACGCUUGUGCAGACGAUGAUGCUACAGAAAGUCGGCAGGAUUAGUCUCUUGGUCGACGCUCGUAUCAUCGAGGAGGCGGCUAAACUCGCGGUGCAUGGCAAAGAUAACGAGCUGAAGGCUCUAUUGCGACUGUAUGCUCGCCUACACGAGGAGGCUAUUCUCCAUGGAAACACCGUUAUCUUUGAUGCCGUCCGCAAGGCGGAGGAAUACCUGGCCCUCAACUUGGACAGCCGGUCGCCCCUGUUCAAGAUCUACACAGUGCAACUGUUGGAACGGAUCCUCAGCAAAGGUGAUGUCGUUGAAGGCGAGUUCAAGCAGUCAGCAGAAGUGGAACAGGCGGCCAAGGAGAUCGCACCGCUUCUGAGGCCUCUUUCGAUCCUGGCAUCUCGGAAGCCGGCUUUGACUCUCGAGGCGACAUCCCCAGAAGAUGCCGAUAUAUUGGGCAUGGUCCGGGAUGUCUGGUAUAACAUUGCCGUGCAUGGCAUCACGCUGCAAUCACGCAUUGGUCAACAAUUCUAUCAUGAGCUCCGACUGCUUGCCAUGAAUUCUCUACCUCUUGUGGAUGAGGCCCGUGCGGAACUCCUAGAGGCGGAUGUCGAACUGAACACGGUCCUAAGAAGAGGAAUGAGUCCGCAACACACCGCUGAGCAAAGGAAAAACCUUAUAGCAGUCAUCCCUGACAGAGAAUCGGACAUACGGCAGCUUAGCUACCAGAAAGUGGUCUUUCUCAAUGCCGUCUUCCUGGUGGAAAGUCUACGCGCGACCUCUGGCAGUUGUGCCGAGAUUCUUGAGUAUUUCCAGGACCCGACCACGCAGACAAGUCAUAUGGGUUCGUGCUUGAGCUCCGUCGCGAACGAAAUCGUCAAAAGAUAUACCCAGAAAGUGGUGGCGGCCCGAGAGGCAGAAUUCAGCGCUCCAUAUGUCUCGCGACAGAUGGCUCGGAUCUUCUGUGGGUGCUGUCAUCGGAGUAGCAAGAUGCAGGAGAUUGCUAGAAUAGCGGCCAGUCAUCUCGUCGCAUUGGCGCCUUCGGCAUUAUGUCAGAAAUCGGCACUCUUUGCCCUGUUGGAAUUGUUGUCUCUGAUGUGGUCGAGUUGUCUCGAUGCAGAAGUGGAGGAGUAUGAGUGGCGCUCGACGCUUACGUCUACUCGAGGCAAGGUCACGAUUGAAUUGUCCGAUGAUUACGCCUUCCGCAAACAUACAUUGAACAACCUUCACAGCGAUGCCAGACGGUGGCUUAUGACGGUUAUGAAUGUGGCCUCGCUGGACCUGAAGGGUCUUUUGCAGACGUACCUCUCCGAGUUUGAUGAUACGGGAUCCUAUGGACGGGUCUCGCUCGGCAGGUCGUUUGCUCUGGAGAUUGGCUCUGUCAUCCCAGCCAUGGACCACCGACUAAAUGCCCUCGACAGGAGAGGUGAAUCCGCCAACAUCAACAUGGCUUCCGAUUUUAUGGCACAGUAUACGACUCGUCAAGAGUAUCGAUUCACAGGCAUCCCGGAGCACCAGCGAGCGAUCGCUCACUUGGACAACGCCACUGGAAGGAGGUCGUCCUUCACUCGGUCAUCCCCUGACGCCGCGUCGAUGUUGCUGGACUCUCUUAUUGAUCUCCAUAAACGCAUACGACAACAAUUGUCCGUGCAGAUGUCUGAAGUCAAGGAGCUUCUUCGCAGUGCAGCGGCUCUUCUAUGCCAGAGCAAGAAGUCGCAAACUGCCAUUGUGUACCACUUGGUGCACAUUCCCUGCGACGUUUUCAGCAAGGAGUCUGUCAAAUUCGGUAUCUCACUAUGGUUGGGCGUAAUCCAUGAGAACCCUAGAAUGGAACCCAGGAUAUUAACGGAGAUCGUGCAAGCUUGGGAGCGAACGAUUGAUCGAAAGCAAGGUAUCUUCAGCCCCAGGUUCCGGCACCCCGACCCAUUUUAUGUCAAGGAGGAGUUUGCGCCGUCCGAUCGGGCAGCGCUCCAAAGACAAGCCCAGGCCGCGCAUAACACGAUCUCGCCCCAUUUCAGACUGAUGCAGUUUUUCGAAAGCCACUUCAACGCCAUUCGGCUUGGAAGUGCCAAUACCCAGCGCACGUUUAUACGGAUGCUUGAACGCACCUUGCGCGGAAUCGUUCACAUCGAAGGCCAUCCUCUGCUCCGAGAGAUGCAGUUUCAAGUUGUCUGUGCAGCCCUUCGAGUCCUGCAGUUCAGCACAUGUCUCAACAAGCUGUCAAUGUGGAGAUUGAAGGAUUUGGUUCUUUCGGCCGGCCUCCAUUGGUUCUCAAAGCCGCCUGCGUGGUCGUUCGGGGGCAAUCGCCUUCAAAUCAAGGCGGAAAUACAGGUCAUGCACGAUGUCAUUGGCCUCCUACAGAACACGAGAAAUUUCAGUUCAGGCAGUUCGGCUACGGGGAGAGAUUCUUCCCUACAAAAGCACGAUCUUCUGGAGGCACUUCUUGCCAACGAGAUCUCCCGUCUUAAUGUGUGGCUGAACCCUCUUGCACAUGAAGGCCACCAUCAUUUCGGACAUCAUCAUCAUCAGAGUCACUCUGAUACCCAGAUAGUUGGGUAUGCCCGUGCAGCGUGGUUUGAGAAUCCAUCUCUGGCUAUACAGCUCUUGACCCGAUUUCCCAACGAGCAACUACGGCGUCAGGUGCGGUUUCUGUUGACCAACUUUCCCGAAAAAGCACUGCACGAGCCCAAUGCAAUUGACUUGUUGCUCGGCGAGUCCCUGGCGUCAGACCUGUCAUUUCAGUUGAAGUAUCUGCUAUAUUGGAGUCCAGUCAAUCCGAUGCAGGCAGUGACAUACUUUUUGCCGGCCUUCGGCAACCAUCCGUUUAUUAUUCAAUAUGCGAUGCGGGCACUUGAAAGUCAUUCGGUCGAUGUCACGUUCUUCUAUGUGCCUCAGAUCGUGCAGGCUCUACGAUAUGACACAUUGGGCUAUGUGGAGCGGUACAUUAUCGAGACGGGCAAAUUCUCGCAAUUGUUUGCGCACCAAAUCAUCUGGAACAUGAAGGCCAACGCGUACAAGGACGAAGACUCUCAAGAACCAGACCCGAUCAAGCCGACACUCGACAAGGUCAUGGACAGUCUGAUCUCUAGUUUCUCGGGCGCCGACAGAGACUUUUACGAGCGCGAGUUUGAGUUCUUUUCCGAAGUCACCGAUAUUUCAGGAAAGCUCAAACCGUACAUCAAGAAAAGCAAGCCGGAAAAGAAAGCCAAGAUUGAAGAGGAGUUACGCAAAAUCAAAGUGGAAGUCGGCGUCUAUCUGCCCAGUAACCCGGACGGGAUUGUGGUGGGCAUUGAUCGCAAAUCCGGGAAACCACUGCAAUCGCACGCAAAGGCACCUUAUAUGGCGACGUUUCGGAUCCGCAAAAAGCGAGAUGUCUCCGGAGAAGAAAUGAACGGUAUAGUCGAAGCAGUAGGGAAAUCAGGCGGGCCACAGGCCACGUCGGCAACGCACACACCUUCGCGGCCUCAACUUCAACGAGGCCACAGCCGAAAGAACACCAGCAUCGACAACUCAUCAGAUAAUCAACAACUCAACGACUCAAACUCCGAUACCUACGAAGUAUGGCAGAGCGCCAUCUUCAAAGUCGGCGACGACUGCCGUCAAGACGUACUAGCGCUGCAAAUGAUCGCUGCAUUCCGAGGCAUUUUUAACUCUGUCGGCUUGGACGUCUACGUGUUUCCCUACCGAGUCACAGCAACAGCACCAGGGUGUGGUGUUAUUGACGUUCUACCCAACUCGAUCAGCCGCGACAUGUUGGGCCGCGAGGCCGUGAACGGACUGCACGAUUACUUUGUGACAAAAUACGGCGGCGAGCAUUCGGUGCGCUAUCAAGAAGCGCGGAGCGAAUUCGUCAAAUCCAUGGCGGCGUAUUCUGUGAUUAGCUAUCUAUUACAGUUCAAAGACCGCCACAACGGAAACAUCAUGGUCGAUGACAAGGGACAUAUUCUACAUAUCGACUUUGGGUUUUGUUUCGACAUUGCCCCUGGUGGUGUUAAAUUUGAACGUGCACCGUUCAAACUCACGCCGGAAAUGAUUGCCGUCAUGGGCGGUGAUGAUCCAGCGACCAGUCAGCCGUAUCGCUGGUUCGAGGAAUUGACUAUCAAGGCCUUUUUGGCGUCCAGGCAAUAUUGUGAUAAAUUGUCGCAUAUUGUCGAGCUGAUGUUGGAUUCGGGACUGCCUUGCUUCAAGCCGGAGACGAUGCGGAAUUUCAAGAACAGGUUUGUCCUUGAUAGGAGCGAUCGUGAGGCUGCGGAGUUUAUGCUGGCUUGUAUCAAGAAGAGUGCGGCGAAUGUUACGACCAAGGUUUAUGAUGAGUUUCAGCUGUUGACUAAUGGUAUUCCUUAUUGA